AUGGUGGCUGCACCUGUAAUAAUAGAAGAAGGGAUCUCAAAGGCCCUGAUUCCGGAGCUGCCGGGCAUUACAGGCACAGAUAAAGACAGGCAACCUUCACUUGGUGAAGAAGAUGGAGAAGAGGAAGAUGAUGGCACAGAUGAGAAGAAAGGGGCUUUGGAAAUCUCAAAGAAAGGAAGGAGACGGAAGAAGAAGAGAGAAAAGGUCUUCCCAGAUUGGAAAGAAUGUAUGCAAGAGAAGGAAUUUAAUUUGAUUGUAGCCCAGGAAAAGAAGCAGAUCUAUGACAAUGUAAAAGAUGCCCUCCAGAACAGGAAGAGCCUCCGUUACACCAGUGGCAGGGUUCAGCCUCUCAUAGAGCCGUCUCCACAUGUGAGGAAAUCCAAGGGCGGUGUGCUGAAAGAGGAAAUCAUACCCCAAGGUUCUCAAGCAGGCAAAAGUACAGGAUGGAAACAGUUUACUCUGGGAAUUGGACUCCUCAAUGAAUAGUGAACUGUUCUUGGUUAUAUUUAUUGUUUCUUUUAAGGAUUUCUUUUAAUUUUAUUUUGAAUUGUUCACAUGGUUGUUUAAAACAAUUCAGAUUAAGAAGAACACGUGUAUGGAAACCUGAAAAAAGUAUUUGUAUGAUUUUUAAAACAAUUCUGGCAUGAGGUAAUUCUGGCAAGAAGAUAUAUUACAUGCAUUCUGAUGACUGGCUAUAGGUAUAGUAGUAAUCUAGCCUGCAAGUUGCCUAUUUUUACAGCUGAAAUUUAAUAUUCAUACAUGAGUAGCCAGUCUCCCAUGAACUUUAAUGUCCACCUUCCAAACUUGCCCUUCUUAUUGUCUAAGUGAUGGUGCUACAUGUGUGAUAGAAUAAUUGUACAGUGCCAAUAGCAAUGUUAAUUUUUGAAUAAAUAUAUAAAUACUUUGAUUCA